CAAAAAUUAAACAAAUGAUCCUUCAGCAUCAUCGCCUCCGCUGCUUUAUCAGGUCGCGUAGGGCAUGGAGCUGGAGAACUAUGAACAGCCCGUGGUUCUGAGAGAGGACAACGGCCGCAGGCGCCGGAGGAUGAAGCCGCGUAGCGCGGUGGCCAGCCUGUCCCCCAUGGAGCUCAUCCCCAUCGAGUUCGUGCUGCCCACCAGCCAGCGCCACAGCAAGAGCCCCGAGACGGCGCUGCUGCACGUGGCGGGCCACGGCAACGUGGAGCAGAUGAAGGCCCAAGUGUGGCUGCGCGCGCUGGAGACGAGCGUGGCGGCGGACUUCUACCACCGGCUCGGCCCGGACCACUUCCUCCUGCUCUACCAGAAGAAGGGCCAGUGGUACGAGAUCUACGACAAGUACCAGGUGGUGCAGACUCUGGACUGCCUGCGUUACUGGCAGGUGCUGCACCGGAGUCCCGGCCAGAUCCACUUGGUGCAGCGGCGCGCGCCCUCUGAGGAGACACAGGCCUUCCAGCGGCAGCUCACCGCCCUCAUAGGCUAUGACGUCACCGACGUCAGCAACGUGCACGACGACGAGCUGGAGUUCACACGCCGCCGCCUGGUCACCCCGCGCAUGGCCGAGGUGGCUGGCCGUGACCCCAAGCUCUACGCCAUGCACCCCUGGGUGACGUCCAAGCCCCUCCCUGAGUACCUGUCCAAGAAGAUUGCCAACAACUGCAUCUUCAUCAUCAUCCACCGCAGCACCACCAGCCAGACCAUCAAGGUCUCGGCCGAGGACACCCCCGGCACCAUCCUCCAGAGCUUCUUCACCAAGAUGGCCAAGAAGAAGUCUCUGAUGGACAUACCCGAAAGCCAGAACGAACAGGAUUUUGUACUACGCGUCUGCGGCCGGGAUGAGUACCUGGUGGGUGAAACGCCCAUCAAAAACUUCCAGUGGGUGAGGCACUGCCUCAAGAAUGGAGAAGAGAUUCACCUGGUGCUUGACACACCUCCGGACCCAGCCCUGGACGACGUAAGGAAAGAAGAGUGGCCGCUGGUGGAUGACUGCACGGGAGUCACCGGCUACCAUGAGCAGCUGACCAUCCACGGCAAGGACCAUGAGAGUGUGUUCACCGUGUCCCUGUGGGACUGCGACCGGAAGUUUAGGGUCAAGAUCAGAGGCAUUGAUAUCCCGGUCCUGCCCCGCAAUGCUGACCUCACAGUUUUUGUAGAGGCAAACAUCCAGCAUGGGCAGCAAGUCCUUUGCCAAAGGAGAACCAGCCCCAAACCCUUCACAGAAGAGGUGCUCUGGAAUGUGUGGCUUGAGUUCAGUAUCAAAAUCAAAGACUUGCCCAAAGGGGCUCUGCUGAACCUCCAGAUCUACUGCGGCAAAGCUCCAGCACUGUCCGGCAAGGUCUCUGCAGACACUUCCGGUUCUGAGUCCAAAGGCAAAGCUCAGCUUCUCUAUUAUGUGAAUCUGCUGCUGAUAGACCACCGGUUCCUUCUGCGCCGUGGAGAAUACGUUCUGCACAUGUGGCAGAUAUCCGGGAAGGGAGAGGACCAAGGGAGUUUCAGCGCCGACAAGCUCACAUCUGCGACCAACCCAGACAAGGAGAACUCCAUGUCCAUCUCCAUUCUUCUGGACAAUUACUGUCACCCAAUAGCCCUGCCUAAGCAUCAGCCCAGCCCUGACCCCGAAGGUGACCGGGUUCGAGCAGAAAUGCCCAACCAGCUUCGCAAGCAAUUGGAGGCGAUCAUAGCCACCGAUCCACUUAACCCUCUCACAGCAGAAGACAAAGAAUUGCUCUGGCAUUUUAGAUAUGAAAGCCUUAAGCAUCCCAAAGCAUAUCCUAAGCUGUUUAGCUCAGUGAAAUGGGGACAGCAAGAAAUUGUGGCUAAAACAUACCAAUUGUUAGCCAGAAGGGAGGUCUGGGAUCAAAGUGCUUUGGAUGUUGGCUUAACGAUGCAACUCCUGGACUGCAACUUUUCAGAUGAAAAUGUAAGAGCCAUUGCAGUUCAGAAACUGGAGAGCUUGGAGGACGAUGAUGUUCUACAUUACCUUCUACAGCUGGUCCAGGCUGUGAAAUUUGAACCAUACCAUGACAGUGCCCUUGCCAGAUUCCUGCUAAAGCGUGGUUUAAGAAACAAGAGAAUUGGUCACUUCUUGUUUUGGUUCUUGAGAAGUGAGAUAGCCCAGUCCAGACACUAUCAGCAGAGGUUCGCUGUGAUUCUAGAAGCCUAUCUGAGAGGCUGUGGCACAGCCAUGCUGCAUGACUUUACCCAACAAGUUCAAGUAAUCGAGAUGUUACAGAAAGUCACCAUCGAUAUUAAAUCACUCUCUGCCGAAAAGUAUGAUGUCAGUUCCCAAGUUAUUUCACAACUGAAGCAAAAGCUUGAAAACCUGCAGAAUUCUAAUCUCCCCAAAAGUUUCAGAGUUCCGUAUGAUCCUGGAUUGAAAGCAGGAGCACUGGUGAUUGAAAAAUGUAAAGUGAUGGCCUCCAAGAAAAAGCCCCUGUGGCUUGAGUUUAAAUGUGCUGAUCCUACAGCUCUAUCAAAUGAAACAAUUGGAAUUAUCUUUAAACACGGUGACGAUCUGCGCCAAGACAUGCUUAUUUUACAGAUUCUACGAAUUAUGGAGUCCAUUUGGGAGACAGAAUCUUUGGAUCUGUGCCUCCUGCCAUAUGGCUGCAUUUCAACUGGUGACAAAAUAGGAAUGAUUGAGAUCGUCAAAGAUGCCACGACAAUUGCCAAAAUUCAGCAAAGCACGGUGGGCAACACGGGUGCAUUUAAAGAUGAAGUCCUGAAUCACUGGCUCAAAGAAAAAUCCCCCAUUGAAGAAAAGUUUCAGGCAGCAGUGGAGAGAUUUGUUUAUUCCUGUGCAGGCUACUGUGUGGCAACCUUUGUUCUGGGAAUUGGCGACAGACACAACGACAAUAUUAUGAUCACAGAGACAGGAAACCUAUUCCAUAUUGACUUUGGACACAUUCUUGGGAAUUACAAAAGUUUCCUGGGCUUUAAUAAAGAGAGAGUACCAUUUGUGCUAACCCCCGACUUCCUGUUUGUGAUGGGAACCUCUGGAAAGAAGACAAGCCCACACUUUCAGAAAUUUCAGGAUGUCUGUGUUAAGGCUUAUUUAGCCCUUCGUCAUCACACGAACCUACUGAUCAUCCUGUUCUCCAUGAUGCUGAUGACGGGAAUGCCCCAAUUAACAAGCAAAGAAGAUAUCGAAUAUAUCCGGGAUGCCCUCACAGUGGGGAAAAGUGAGGAGGAUGCUAAAAAGUAUUUUCUUGAUCAGAUUGAAGUUUGCAGAGACAAAGGAUGGACUGUUCAGUUCAAUUGGUUCCUACAUCUUGUUCUUGGCAUCAAACAAGGAGAGAAACAUUCAGCCUAGUGCUUUGGGCUAGAAUUAAAAACAAGUUGGUGUUCUAAAGCUUUAAAUUAGCAUGUCAGUCAUCGAACUUGGAUUUAAAAUGCCGUAGGACAUGGUGAAAGCUGGCACUUCAGAAAUAUAGCUCUUUUCCUAGAUGAACUCUUCGCUGAAGAAAAAAGGUUGGCACUGCUAAUUAUUCGGUUAAGUACUAUUUAGUCCUAGGCUUAUUUGCAGGUUUGUUCUUUUCUCAUUUGUCUCAGAGAUGUUGGAGAAUAUUGU